UUCAGUGUAUGAAUACCUCGUCUGUUCGAACACACCGCUGAGUUGUAACAGCCAACCAAUUCAGUCGAUCCUCGCACGUUUGUUGUGUUGCACGUGCAUUGUCACUCAAGUACACCAUCGAUUUUCAAAACGUUGUUCAUACUCCUAUAAUAUUAAAUAGCAAGGUUGAACUGUGGAACAAAAAAUUCAGAUUAUAUCUAAAUAUCAAAAACAACAGGAUAUGGCGGAACAAAUGGACAAUUUUAAAUGGGUGAUUUCAAUUAUAAUCGAAAUCUUAGUAUUAACAAUUAAGUGCUUAUUCUACAUGGCAGAAUCUGUCUAUCGUAUAAUAAUUCCAAUGCCAGAAAAGUCAAUAUCCGAAGAUAUCGUAUUGAUUACAGGUACAGGACACGGCAUUGGAAAAGCAUUAGCUUUACAACUUUCUCAAUUGUGUGCGAAAGUUGUAUGUGUUGAUAUAAACGAAAAAUCAAAUAUUGAAACCGUUAAUGAAAUCAACUCUAAAUUUAAAAACAAAGCAUACGCUUACACGUGUGAUAUUUCAUCAUUAGAAAACGUAAAACAACUUGGUGAAAAAGUUAAAAAUGAAGUAGGAACCGUUACAAUAUUAAUCAACAAUGCAGGGAUAAUGCCAUGUAAACCUUUUAACGAACAAGAUGAAGCAACCAUUAGAAAAUUAUUCGACAUAAAUGUGUUUGCUCACUUUUGGGUGCUAGAUACGUUUUUACCCGGAAUGAUUUCGUUAAAUAGAGGACAUGUAGUUGCAUUAUCAUCAAUGGCUGGAGUAAUUGGUGUGAGCAAUUUAGUGCCUUAUUGUGCAUCGAAAUUUGCCGUGAGGGGAAUCUGUGAGGCAUUGUUGGAUGAGUGUAGAGAAAAUGGAUUUACAAAUAUCAAAGGCACAUGUGUCUAUCCUUACAUAGUAGAUACUGGUUUAUGCAAAAAACCUUUAAUUCGUUUUCCAAGUUUGUUACCAAUUGUUACGCCAGAGUCUGCAGCUAAAGAGAUAAUAAGCGCAAUGAGAAGAGACUGUUUAGAAAUUUCUAUACCAAGUCCAUUAUUACGUAUAAAUAAUAUAUUCAGGUGUGUACCAUAUAAAAUGGCAUUGGAUUUCAAAUCUUUUUUAGGAGGUGGAGUGGAUGCACAUGAUGAUUAACACUUUAAAAUAUGAUGAAUACCCUGAACGUUUUUAUAUUAAUAUAUUUUUAAUUUUAAAUUAAAAGUUUAAGAGUCAUAAUAGUUUUAGUCUUCUCGAUUUUCAUUUUUUUAUGAUAAAGAGUACACAAUUAAUGAUAGUACUAUAGAAUAAUUAAUUUGAUUUAAUUUGUAAUUAUUUAUGUUAUUUAUUUAACAAAAAUCGGUGAAAAUUUGAA